UUGUCCAGAUAAAGCACUUAGCAAUGCAUAUUAUUAAUCAAAAAUUAAGUUUUGAUAUAUUUACAGUAGGACAUUUACAAAAUAUCUUCAUGGAACAUAAUCUGUACUUAAUAUCCUAAUGAUUUAGGAUAAUGCAUAAAAGAAAAAUCAAUCAUUUUGACCCAUACACUGUAUUUUUGAAUAUUACUACAAAUACACCCAUGGUACUUAAGACUGGUUUUGUGGUUCAUGCUCACAAAUGAUGACAGACAGGGCGAACUACUCUCUUAAACAGCUCUGAUUAUGUGACUGUUUACCUCAGCCAUUUUGCACUUUCAUUUAUAGUUGACAUCAAUGUUCAUGAGAAAUGUUAUUAAAAAAAAAACAAGGUUGUGUAGUUUGUUGGCUUAGGAAUACCUCAAGGUACUGUUCUAGGUCCUAUUUCAUUCUCGGGAGGUUCCUCCAGUGACAGGCUGAGGCUAAAGACACGGUUUUGUCAGAGGAUGAUGAAGCUUUUAAGGGUGGGGCUAUUGUAAGAGGAGGAGUUGUUUGGUGUGUGUACUGGAGAGAGUCAGCUGAGGGAUAGAUACAUUGUGGACGCUUGUAUUGGGAUAUUAGAGAUCCAGAAGCAGAAGCAGUAAUGGUGACGCUGUCUUAUAAUACUGUGUGCAUUUAGCUCUCUCUGACCAGACAGACGCAGGGCUUUACACACACCAGACACCGACUCUUUCCUCAUCUAUCUGAGAGUGGAUGUGAUAACCGAGAGGGACAUUACAAAGUGUGUAUCAUGGCUGUGGCCGGAUGUCCGGAUUAUUUUCUACACCAUCCAAAUUACCAGCAGGAUAAUGUAGACCGAGCUGCCAAUCACAGACAGGCAGACUUGAUUGGACCGGGUUUUCAGCAGUCAACCAAUCGGAAUUCACCCAGCCAUCAAGAAGAUGACGUGGAUUUGGAGGCUCUGGUGAAUGAUAUGAACUCAUCCUUCGAGAGUCUGUACACGUCUUGCAGUGUGCAGACUGAAUCCACUCCAUUGCUGCACAAUGGCCAGCCACAUCGUCCCACCGCCUAUCAUUCUCUGCCUCAGCCCACCUCCCCACACCAGAGACUGCGCCGCUCUCAGCCCAUGCACAUCCUCGCUGUCAGACUUCAGGAAGAGGAGCAACAGUACCGAACGUCCUCUCUACCUGCCAUCCCCAACCCUUUUCCUGAGCUCUGCAGCCCUGCGAGUUCCCCUACUCUCAGCUCUGGCUCCUUACCUCAGUGUCAGCCCUCAGGCAAAUAUAUCAUAAAAAUCUUCAGCGAGGAUGGGAUGGGAAAGGUGGUGGAGAUCCCAGCCGACAUGACGGCGCGAGACCUGUGCCAGUUUCUCGUCUAUAAAAACCAUUGUGUGGACGAUAACAGUUGGGCGCUUGUGGAGCAUCAUCCAGCCCUGGGACUCGAAAGAUGUUUAGAAGACCAUGAACUGGUUGUCCAAGUGCAGGCGUCAAUGACCAGUGAGAGUAAAUUUCUCUUCAGGAAGAACUAUGCCAAAUAUGAAUUCUUUAAAAAUCCCUUGAACUUCUUCCCAGAGCAAAUGGUUGCCUGGUGUCAGGAGACCAACGGGACCAUCCCCCCAUCUCAGCUCCUGCAGAACUUCUUAAACUCCAGCAGCUGUCCUGAGAUCCAGGGAUAUUUGUAUGUGAAAGAAAUGGGUAGGAAAUCAUGGAAGAAACUGUAUGUGUUUUUAAGACGGUCAGGAUUGUACUUCUCAACAAAAGGAACGUCAAAGGAGCCCAGGCAUUUACAGCUACUAGCAGACCUGGAAGACAGCAAUGUCUUUACAGUAAUAACAGGGAGAAAGUUGCACAAUGCACCGACUGACUUUGAAUUCUGCAUAAAACCUAACAAAGUAAGGAAUGAAGUGAAAGAACUGAGGAUGUUGUGUGCAGAGGAUGAGACGAGCAGAACAUGCUGGAUGACGGCCUUCAGACUCUUUAAGUAUGGAAUUUUACUCUAUCAAAAUUACAAGAUCCCCCAACAGCGAAAAACGUUGCUUUCACACUUCUCAGCGCCUGUGAGGAGUGUCUCAGAGAACUCUCUGGUAGCCAUGGAUUUCUCAGGGAGGAUAGGACGAGUGAUUGACAAUCCCGUGGAGGCUCAGAGUGCUGCCAUGGAGGAGGGACAUGCCUGGAGAGUCAGUUCCAAGAAUCAUAAGAGAAGUCAGCGUAUGAAUAUCUUAGGAAGCCCCAGCCCGUUACACCCCUCAUCAUUAAGUGGAGUUAUCCACAGGACUCAGCUGUGGUUUUAUGGUCGAAUUUCACGGGAAGAGUCUCACAAGAUGAUCCAUCAGCAGGGCAGAGUGGAUGGAAUGUUUCUCUUGAGGGAUAGCCAGAGCAAUCCUAAGGCGUUUGUACUUACACUGUGUCACCACCAGAAAAUCAAACAUUUCCAGAUUUUACCGUGUGAAGAAGACGGUCAAUUGUUUUUGAGCCUCGAUGACGGUGCCACCAAAUUCACGGACCUGAUCCAGUUGGUGGAGUUUUACACGCUGAACAGAGGAGUUCUGCCUUGCAAACUUAAACACCCCUGCACCACUGUGGCCUUAUGACCUCCAUUUGCCUGAUCCCGCCUAAAGACAAACACUCAGACGUCAUGUGCUGUGGUGUAAUGCUGUGCUGCUGGGCUGGAGAAAAGCACACUGCGAGAGCAACUCUCUAUCGAGGAGAGAGAAAAUCAAAACAACAAACAAACAGGACCAGCAAGAUAUAAAGGAGAAAAAAAAGCUUGUGUGUUAGCUGCUGAUGAACCUCUUGGCCACCUGCACACUCGACCGUGGCAAGAGCAGGUUCUCAGGACAAUCAUUCAGAGGGAGUCUUCAGGAUCCGCGGUCUUAAUCGUGCAGAUAAUGGAUUGGGAAGACCAGCAGAACACUCGUAAAUCACGUUUGAUUUUGCACUCAUGAACCAGGAACAACCAAGCUAUGGCAAUUGUUGCUUUCGUAAAUCAAGCAGAUUUGAUUCUAGAAUGUCCUGUGAGAUGUGGACAGCCGAUUGGUGGUUUCGGUACUGUGAAAAGACGUUGCCGUUAAAUUUGUGCUUUCACCGGUAAUCACUAGAAUAUUUAGACAUUCGUUUUCUUAUGUGCUCAUUGUCUUGAGCAAAGAACUCUCAUGCAUAAUGCAUUUGGCCUCUUUUUCGUGUUAAACACUUGUGUAGUUUUUCCCCUUCACAAAACAUAACCUGCAGCACUCUCUACUGGCCAUACCAAGAAUUAAUGUGUCCCUUCACUCCUUCAAGGAAUAGUUGAUCUCCAAAAUUUAAAUUGGGUUAUUUUCACCCUACUGUUGUACCAAAACCAUAGAUAAAUUUAAGAUAAAUUUGCAAUACAACUGUAUUUCAUAAACAGUUCAUAGAGACCCCGGCUAUUAGUUUCCUGCGUAAAAAAAAAAAAAAAAUUAAAAGUAUUAAAUACAACUCCUGUGCUAUAUUUCAAAUCUUUUGGAGUCAUACGACAGUAUUGUACUCGAGACUGCAAGAAGGUUGAGUCUGACUCAAGAGUACUAAAACACUGCCAUAUGAUGUCUUUGUGUGAGGAACCAUCUGAAAUUUUGACGUCAAGCCAAUACAUCUAACUCACACCCGCUUCCAAAUGAUGAUUCUUAAAAAAAAAAAAAACAUGAUUUUGGAAUGACAUAAAGGUGAAAAUUAUGACCAAGUUCAGUUUUUGAGUGAACUCUUCCUUUUAACAUGAGUAAAAGAACAUGGCCUGACAUCACCACCACAUCCUUUAGGAACGGUGCCUUGAUUUUAAAGAGGAGUCUGUUGAGUUCAGUGAAAAAUAACCACUAAACCCUAUGCUGGGAACUCCGCUGUGGGUCGCAGUCUAUCUGGAGCUAGAUCAACAAACUGGAAUCUUUAGAACUGCUGUCAUCUACAGUCACAGCUCCAGUCUAUUUUGUUGUUGACUUUCUAUUAUUCUCUCCAUGUUUCGAAAGAUUGUUUUGAGGACAGCACACUGUGAAGCCCAGGCUAAGAACACCCACAGAAAGAUGGGGUUCGAAUUUAUAAUCUGCCUUGUCCAUGGUAGCAGUAGCUACAGCGGAUUUGUAAAGAUAUUUUUCUUUUUGUACUUGUGACGCAAUGUAAAGAAAGAGCCAUGUUUUUAGUUUGUACCUAUAUUGUAUUAAACUAGAUAGAGAGGGCAUAGCCACCAUGUCUACAAGUUCACCCAAGAUACCAGUGCAUAGAUAAAUGCAAAUGACGCAAUCGUUUUUAAGUAUUGCUUCAACAAAUUUAUUUAUUUAUCUGGAUUUGAUUACUUGAAACUUAGUUUCGUUUUUUUUUCUCAGCGCUGUUCAAUAACAUUCUUCCACAUUUUUGUGAAUUUUUUGGACCUCAGUUAACUAGAUCCCCUUUCUCGAAUUUAACAUUAAUUCUUCAUCAACAUCCUACUGUAGAACACCAUCUUCAUGGUUAUGAUAGAUUCUGUAAAGCCUGUUCAAUGGGUUGUGUUGUUACGUACCUUGCUGUCAAUUGUUAAUCACACACUAUAUUGAAAACACAUCUUUUUUUAUAACAUGUCCUUUACACAUGCUAUAGGCCGUUAAGACAGUGCAGCCCAUUGAACAGACGUGUAUUGGUAAACGUGUAUUUUGCAAAGUUCAUAUUAAUGUCUAUGAGAAAAGACUAGUUUUAAUUAUGUCACAAAGUAACAUUAAGCUGUUUGUUCAUAGAUGUAUUUUAAGAUACAUAAAAAUUUGUGUCAUCUCAGUUAAGUAAGGGAUAAUGUACAAUCAGCCAGUUUUCACACACACAAAAAAAGAAAAAAAUAUCAAAAGGGCAAUCCUGAUAUUUUGACUGCACAUUAUGCUGCUUAUUACACGGCUGCUUACCAAUAAAAACAAAAUAAAGAAAAAACAUAAACCAUUGAUUUAUUUGAUUAUAUGAAAAGGAAGAGAUUGCCUAAUUCAAAUCUAGUAUUUCAGAGAGCCGUGUAAUAAGGAUAUGAUCUCAGUCAGUCAGGUAGUACUUAGACCUCAUUGGAUGAUUUAACCACAGAAAUAGACUGCAGGGCUUAAGUCAGUGCUAUUAUUAUUCACUUGAAUAUCUUUCUCAGUGUCAGUUAAGUUAAUUCAAGCCUUGUUUGAGGUUGAGUGUGUGUCAGUGUUUAUUUAGCUGCAAUUUGCGUAGGUCUUAUGUUCACCAAAAGACACAAGCAUACACACAGGCUUUCUGAACUUGACAUUAUUGUCUUUAUUUUUCAGGGUUUGAUAAGUUAAGCUAUACAAUCAGCCAGCCAAGGACUAAACUAACAAUAUUUCAGUAAUGAUGCUAUGAAUUAGCACAUUCUGCAACCAGUUUUAAUAUACUAUAGUUCUAGUGUAACUAGAGUUCUGGUUCAGACAGAUGGAUGUACUGAGUUUAGAGGUCAUAUGAUUUUUUUUUUUUUUCUGAGAUUAUUUAAAAAACAGAAAGAAACAAACAAAAACACACACUUUUUGGAUUUUGCCAGAGGGAGGUGGUUGUAGGUUACUUAAAGACUAGUUUACUAUAUGUUACUGGUGAAUCACCUGUGUGAGUAAAAUUGAUCUGUAGGGUAGUCUGAGUACCAUUAGCACUUAACCUACUUGUUAAUUAGCUGGCCAUUCAGUCUAAAAGUGAGUGUGAGCACGAUGUCUGUUCACAAUCUAGACACUCGGGGUGUUGUUUCUGAGUUGACACAGUCAUAUGUUAGUCACAUUGUCCGUAAAGAUUUAAUAUUCAUUUUUACAUAUAUCAUGUAACAUGCAGCUCAACAGGACACUAUAGUUACACUCCAUCAUGUACAACUGUUCAAGUUUGUAGAUACCACACUGAAUUUUUGGAUACAGAUUUUUUUUUU